AUGAAAGUAUCGUGGGUUAAAUUAUAUGACAGUCGGCAUAAAACAGUGGAUCGUAGUGUUUGAAGUGAAUUUGGGAAUAUUUCGCUUUUUUUCCUGCCAUUAUUCGGAAACAGUUCACGGCAGCAAUGAGAAAAGCGUUAAUAUUGCUAUCGAUUCUCUUCUUUCUAACAGGAUUUGUUAGAGCAGAAAAUUUGGUGGAAGAAGAUAUUGGAACUGUAGAAAAUGAUUUGAGUGCUAGCCGCGAAGGAUCUCGAACGGAUAAUGAAGUAAUUCAAAGAGAAGAGGAAGCAAUUAAACUUGAUGGAUUAAAUGUGGCUCAAAUUAAAGAACUCAGAGAAAAAGCUGAAAAAUUUACUUUUCAAACCGAAGUCAAUCGUAUUAUGAAACUUAUUAUAAACUCUUUGUAUCGUAACAAAGAUAUUUUUCUAAGAGAGUUGAUAUCUAAUGCAUCUGAUGCAUUAGAUAAAAUAAGAUUGCUGUCACUUACUGAUAAAAAUGUCUUGGAUACUAAUCCAGAAUUAGCAAUUAGAAUAAAAUCUGAUAAAGAAAAUAAAAUAUUAAGUAUAACUGAUUCUGGUAUUGGUAUGGCCAAACAUGAAUUAAUUAAUAAUCUUGGAACCAUUGCUAAAUCAGGAACUGCUGAGUUCUUGGGCAAAAUGCAAGAAACUUCUAAUACUCAAGAUUUGAACGAUAUGAUUGGUCAAUUUGGAGUUGGUUUCUAUUCUGCUUUUUUGGUUUCUCAUACAGUAGUAGUUACUUCUAAGCAUAAUGAAGACAAUCAACAUAUUUGGCAGUCUGAUAGUAGCAGUUACAGCAUUGUAGAAGAUCCCAGGGGGAAUACACUAAAAAGAGGAACUACAGUGAGUUUGCAUUUAAAAGAUGAAGCAUUGGACUUUUUAGAAGAAGAUACAAUUAAAAAUCUUGUAAAGAAAUACUCACAAUUUAUCAAUUUCCCUAUAUAUUUAUGGAGUAGCAAAGUCAUUCAAGUAGAUGAAGAAGAGGAAGAAGAAGAGAAACGAGUAAAAGAAGAUGAAAGUGAAAAAAAAGAUUCCAUUGAAGAUAAAGUGGAUGAGGAGGAGGAUGCAAAAGUAGAAGAUGUGGAGGAAGAAAAGAAAACAAAGAAGGUUGAUAAAACUGUUUGGGACUGGGAAUUGUUAAAUGAUUCUAAACCUAUAUGGACUUUAAAGCCAUCUGAAGUUGAAGAUAAAGAUUAUAAUGAUUUUUAUAAGGUUUUAACAAAAGAUACUCAGGAUCCUUUAGCAAAAAUCCAUUUUGUAGCAGAAGGUGAAGUCACCUUCAAAUCACUUCUUUUUAUUCCUAAAGUUCAGCCAAGUGAUAGUUUUAAUCGUUAUGGCACUAAAGCAGACAAUAUUAAAUUAUAUGUCAGAAGAGUUUUCAUCACAGAUAAAUUUACAGAUAUGAUGCCUAACUAUUUAUCCUUCAUUCGUGGUAUUGUUGAUAGCGAUGACUUACCGUUAAAUGUUUCACGUGAAAACUUACAGCAACAUAAACUCAUUAAGGUAAUCAAAAAGAAAUUGAUUAGAAAAGUAUUAGAUAUGAUCAAAAAAAUCCCUAAGGAAGAUUAUGAAAAAUUCUGGAAAGAAUACAGCACUAAUAUUAAACUGGGUGUGAUUGAAGAUGCUCAAAACAGAGCCAGAUUAUCCAAACUUUUGUUAUUUCAAUCUUCUACACAAAAAGAUUUUACAUCAUUAUCAGAUUAUGUAACCCGAAUGAAAUCUAGUCAACAAUACAUUUAUUAUAUUGCUGGCUCUUCUGAAGAAGAAGUAAAAAAAUCUCCAUUUGUAGAAAGAUUAGAUAAAAAGGGCUAUGAAGUUCUAUAUCUUACUGAAGCAGUUGAUGAAUAUGCUAUUUCUGCUCUUCCUGAAUUCGAUGGUAAAAAGUUCCAGAACGUAGCUAAAGAAGGAUUUUCGCUUGAUGAAGGCGAAAAGGCUAAAGAAAGAAUGGAGCAAUUGAAAACUACUUUUGAACCAUUGGUUAAAUGGCUGAAUGAUGUUUUGAAGGAUCAUAUCAGUAAAGCUCAGGUUUCCGAACGUCUUACAGAUUCUCCAUGUGCUUUGGUUGCUAGUAUGUUUGGAUGGACAGGAAAUAUGGAAAGAUUAGCUAUUUCAAAUGCUCAUCAAAAGACUGAUGAUCCCCAGAAAAAUUAUUAUUUGAAUCAAAAAAAAACUUUAGAGAUCAAUCCAAGACAUCCACUUAUUAGAGAACUUUUACGUAGAGUGGAAGUUGAUACUACUGAUCAGACAGCAAAAGAUAUUGCAUUGAUGAUGUUCAGAACAGCUACUCUUCGGUCAGGAUACAUGCUCAGAGAAACUGCCAGUUUUGCGGAUAGUGUAGAGCAAUUAAUGAGAAAGACUUUAGGCAUUUCUCUAGAUGAAGUUCCUGAAGAGGAAGAAAUACAAGAAGAAGAAUCUGGACCAACAGAAAAACAAGAUUCUGAAAAAAUUAUUGAUAUGGAUGCAAAUGAAGAUGAUCAAGAUGAAGAAAAACAUGAUGAAUUAUAAUUAAAAAUUGUAUCACAUUAGACUAUAAUUUUCUAGUUGUAUGGCUAUACAAUGUAUAGUGAUUGUCAUUGAAAAAGUGCAACUAUUGUUGCAACUAUGUACAGAGUAAAAAAUAGUUAUAUCCUUUGAUGAUGCUUUGCUGCAUCACAUUGUUUUUUUUUUAUAAUAAUAUUGCAACUAUGCAUCAAAGGAUAUGAUAAUUGUGCAAGUAUAGAAAAAAAUAUAUCAUUCAUUAAGUUUGUCAUAAUACUUGUAGACUCAUAAGUUCCAUUUUUGGUAAAAAAAAAUUUAUCCAUAAUUUA